AUGUCCGACGAAGUCUCCCAAUUUCUCGAGCAGGUCGAGCGCCUGCGCGGUCAACAGAUCGAAGAAGACGAUGUGAGAGCUCGUGAGCUUGAAGAUUACUUGGCUGCAAAGCGAGAAAGACAAGCCCGUCGUGAAGAACGUGCCAGAUCCAUCUCACCACAAAAGUCAUCCCCAGCGAAUACUCCCUCACCACGCUCGAGUCGCCGCAGCAUACAUCUCUCCGAGGCAUUGAGGCUCGACUCUCCUGGGCCAUCAAGAGACGGCAGUGCUUCGCAGUCAGGCUCACCCGAAGCGAAGCCUGACGCUACAAUGGACUUCAGCUCCUCCCCUACCAAGGAGAACGAAUCUCCUCUUGAUGUUGACACCAAGUCUGCGACUACACCACCCACACGCUACUCUGCACUGUCGUGGCAGCGUCGGCCUAACUCGCGCGGCGGCCCUACCCGCCCGUUGAGCAUGCUCGCGACUCAGAAUGCGACCCAACGGUCGUUCAUCGGGUCGCAGGAUCCUCCUGCUCCCGCUCCUGUGUCCGCCACCGAGCAGACCUUCUCCAAAGACCAAAUUGCCCAGUCUCUUGGGUCCAAGGACCCCUCAUGGUUCCGCCAAACUGCUGACCGAGGGGCUAACUCAGCUGCUUACCGGAAGAACCACGUCGAAGACACUGAUCGUUUAGAUAUGGCCACUGUCAAAGCGCAACUACCGGGCAUGUCAGCUGAAGAGCCAAAGUCAAGCCCACCUGUUGAGGAACCUGCCACACCUACUAAGAUGAGGUUGGCAACGCCCCCAACGCUCAACCCUCCAGGUUUUGAUGCUGGUGACGACAAGCCUCUGGGAGAUCGGCUCCCAUCUCCUGGCCGUAUGUCUCCUACCCGGUCCAAUUCGCGAUCCAAUUCGCCUACAAAGGGAAUGGGAGGCUUUGUGCAGAGCGCUAUGAUGAAGAGAUCCGACAGCGUUAAACGAUGGAGCGUUACGGGUCCUCCUGGCUUAACCCGUGCCAACUCUAUUCAAUCGAACCAGGGUGGCGGAUUAUCUGUAAAUCCCCGACCUCAGAGCAUGGCGCAGCCUGGAUCAACCACACCAGGCUCCAGCCGACCAACAUCGCGACAUGGAGAAUCUGACAAUGAGGUUACGCCAAAGGCCCCUACGAUAGAUACCACUAUAGAAGCAGUCGCCGUUCCCUCGAGCCCUUCCAAGACUAUGGACCCUCGGAGAUGGAGUCCAACGAAGUCAAGCUGGCUUGAAAGCGCCUUGAAUAAGCCCCCCGAAUCGCCAAAGUCUCAUCAUAAGUCUAGCCAAUCGCAACCAGCUUGGUUGGCAGAGCUGAACAAGAACAAGGGGGGCGUUCCUGGAACUGAAGGAACGCGGCCUCGCCCAGGGUCCAUCUCUCACAAGCAUCAAGUUAGUAUCGGAGGACUUAUGAGGUCUACUCCCAUGGGAACUGCUACCAAGACAAACACAACUGGCCUUGGCGGUAUUUACUCCCCUCCCCCAGGUGGGAACCGACCUUUCAGUAGCCACGGCGCCAACUUCAGCAUUUCCAAGAGUGCCCCUAAACUCGAGUCCGGAUCUCCUACCGAGGACAAGAUGGCCCAAUCUGACUCCGAGCCUGUGCCAGAUCCCGAGCUUACAGAAGAAGAGAAGAAGACAUCGGAGCCUGCCAAGGAUGAGGAGCUUGUGAGCCCCAGAGAAGUAAAGCCCUUCGCGCCUGUGCCCAAGCCUAAGCCAGAGACACCUCCCAAGAAGGAUUUCCGCAGUAGCUUGAGACAUCGACCAACCGGCUCCGAUGCGCCAAAGACCCAGGAGCCCGAGUUCAAGAACGUUUUCGGUACUCUCCGCAGGACCAAGACUUCGAACUAUGUACCCCCUGAUGAACUGAAGGAUAACAUUCUUAAGGGCAAGGCUUCCCUUAACCAGACAGGCGGACCGAAGAAAGCUGAGAGAGUCGAUGACUUUAAGGAGGCUAUCCUAAAGAAGAAGGAUGACUUUAAGAAAGCUCAAGCCGAUGGUAAAGGCAUCUCGAGGGGCAACACUCCCACAAACGAUUCGCCGCUGCCAGAAGGACUUGCAAAAAGAGCCGAGAUGGCUAGAAGAAAGUCUGUGGCUGAAAUAAAGUCAGCACCUGCACCGAGUAAGCCAGAUACGCCCAAGCCGACACCAGGUCCCAAAAGGAUACCCAGCCAGACCCCUUCUUCGCCCAAGCCCGUUCCUAAAUCCGCCCCAGAACCCGCUGACGAGGGUCUAAAGCGAGCAGUUACCGAAUCUAAUACGAAACCGGAGGAGCCGCGAGCCAUGCCAGUCUUGCACAAGGAGACAAGCUCACCUGCUAGAUUGCAAGGACGUGUGGGAGGUAAGCUCGCUGGGCGGUUCAACCCAGCCCUCGCCGGCAUGCUCGCACGAGGACCCCCUCCUAUGGCUUCCAACGGAGGGAAGACCCCUGAAGAAUCCGAUUCCCACAAGCCUACCAGCACAACAGUUACAGAACCUUCCACUCCUGGGCCGCAACUGACACAUAUGACUAAGGGUCGAGCACGAGGUCCCAGGAGAAAGGUGCCAACCAGUGCGGCAGCCCCAGCCGUCGCUGCAUCUCCAGCAGCCGAACCAAAACCUGUACAAGACAAGCCCAGGCCUUCCACACCGAAAGCUGCUCAACCAGUUGAAAAGAAGCCAGUGGAACCAACACCCCCUGCCGAGAAGGUUGAGGAGUCAAACCCUCCCCUUUCCGUUCAGCAGCAAGUCGCUGCCAAGGCUGCCAUCCGGGGAAAACCUACGCCAACAAAGCCUACAUCUACAGAGCCUCAAGAUAGCGAGCCGCGACGCUUCCAAACCCGCGACGAGCGAACAUCUUCGUUUCCUCUUAAGCAGUCUGGUAACACCGAAUUCGCUCCAACUGAUUAUCCCUCUCCACUGAGGAUCCAAAAGACUGGUGAUGCCGCUUCACAACCUAGCUCACCUAAGAAGCUUGACAAUAACCGCAUGUCCCGAUUUCUCGAUUUCGCAUCAUCAAAUGGUACGACGUCAGAGCCGGCCAAACAGCCUAUGCGGUUGACACAUCAACGAACUGGCUCUCGAUCUCCAGUCAAGAUGUUCCAGCGCUCGCUACCAGAGCCGGAACCAUCUUCUCCAACCAAGGUUGACAGCGACCCUGUUGUAUCUGUGAAGAACGCAACAGCGAUGUUCGGCGGCGGCGCCCAACAGCCACCUUUGGCCGCAAAGCCCUCAUGGGAUCCAUCAGCGCCUGCAGUUGUGAAAACACCGCCAAGAGCAUCCUCUCGUCCCCUGCCUGAGCCCGUCCGCUCUUCUCCAUUGCAAGUCAACAAGACCCCUUCCCGAGUGGCGGCGCGGCCAUUGCCCACGCCUCCUUCCAAGGAGCCUCAGACUCCCAAAGCACCGCAGACCCCUAAAUCACCGCAUACCCCCAAUGAACCACAGACUCCCAAGACUCAACAAACAUCAUCGGCAGUACCACCAAAAACCCCAAGCCAGGGCAACGGCAACGAUGUAGCCAGUCUGUUGACCGACUUCUUUGGGCCUAAACCUGCAAGAGCCGAGUACAAGGUGGAUGCUGCAGAGCUUCUUAUGAACCGCCCUCCCACAGGCCCCCUGAAGAUUCAAAGUCUCAGCUUUCAGGUGUUCCAAAUUUCGGCAGAGGGUAAGAAGACAGGUGUGGCGUCUCACUACGAACGGGUUCUGUUUGAGCGGGAAAUGUACAUCGCCCCGCACAGUUUCACGAAUGAGGCCGGAUGGAAGCGUUUAGAAUUCUACUUCUGGGUUGGCGAUCAAGUGACAGAGUCCGCAGCCGAUGAUGCCCUUCUCUUCGUUCAGAAGGAAGCCAAGGCAUUAGGUGGCAAAGUAAUCAAGAUGGAGCAGGGUAAAGAAACAACUGAAUUCCUACAAGCCUUUGGUGGUGUGGUAUUGAUAAGAAGAGGCUCAAGCAAUAAGUACGACUCAAUAGCACCCAACAUGCUCUGCGGCCGGCGUUAUCAGGGUCAGGUCGCUUUCGAUGAGUGCGACUUCAACCCAUCCAGCCUUUGCUCAGGAUUCGUCUACAUCAUCACCAGUCAGGGUAAGGCCUACAUCUGGAAGGGACGAGGCUGCGAUGUGACAGAGCUGAGUGCUGCCAAGCUUGUCGCUAUUGAGCUCACUCUUACUGGAGAGCUGGUCGAGGUCGAUGAUGGCCAUGAGUCUGCGUCGUUCUGGUCACUCUUUGAAGGAGGAUCAAAGCCCCAUUCGGCUGACCAUUGGAGACUCAAGCCCAACUAUGCCAAGUACUGCAGCAGACUCUUCUGCUCAGACGCGGAGACCCGGCAGCAGGUCUCUGAGAUCGCCCCUUUCAACCAGCACGAUCUCUCCCCUGAGCAUAUCUACGUUCUAGACGCUUUCUUCGAGAUGUACAUCAUUGUUGGCGCCCGCGCUCAAUCCCAAUAUGCGUCUUUCCGAAACGCCCUCGAUUUUGCUCAAGAAUAUGCUAUUCUUGCAGCAGGCAUGGAGGACCGUCCCUUUGUGCCCAUAUCCACUGUUGUGCUUGAGGGUAUCCCUCGGGAUUUGAAGCGCGUCUUCCGUUUCUGGCGAGAUGAUCUGAGUCCUACAGCCACCAACAGCAACUCUACCGGUCUAAAGAGAGGUCGAAGUCUAAGGGUAGUGUCAUUAACGCAAGCACUACAAGCGCUUAGAGAGUAA